UUCAAAUUGCACCCACUUUUUUUUGCCUCACAGUCGAUAAAGUUUGAACAGGUGAGCGGCGUUCGCGAUUGAAAAAAGGCGGUUCGCGGUUGCUCAAUUUCGAACCCUUAGGAUUCUCUUUUGACCAAGGAUGGCAGAGCGCCUGCUCUUAUUUUACAUGUUACUCCAGACAAUUGCGAACGUGAGGAUCUGCCCCCUCUGAGGCGAGUGAAAAGACUUGCCGCCUUUUGCUGGACCAUCCCGCGUAGUUCAGUGCCUUUCUUAAAUGGCACGGAAACGGCAUGGCUCCCCCGUUCUCGCUCCUUACAACGACCCCAAUUGUCUACAGCUUUCCUCCAAACUUUUUGUUUCUACAGUAACCCAAUAAUCCCUUCCUCGUCUAAUCCUUUCCUGUUAUAUACACAUACAUCAUGAGCGCUAUACUACCGGCAUACUUUGCCGAGCUUGCUCUCCCCCAACGCCGCGAUCUGUCAAACAACUCGACGGCCCCGGUCGUUCCGCCCAAAGAGUUCCACGGUCUGCUCGGUGACUGGGCCGUAGUGUGCCAUGGCCUGAACAUCUGCUCAGUCGUCUGCUGCAUUAUUGUGCUCCUGUCGAGCACGGUGUUUGUCAUCAAGAACCGAAACCUGCUGAGCCGGCCUUCUCUGCGUCUAUCGACAUCUAUCGCUGUCUGUGACCUGAUUUACUCGGUUUCGCAGCUCUUCGUUUUCAACAACGAGUACAUGUCUAGCCGUAACGAACUAACUGUGCGCGCAAUGCUGUGGAUUAUGGCGGGGGCGUCGGUCACAUUUGUGCUUCUGUCGACGUGCAUGGGGAUUCAGCUGCUGCUGACAGUGCUUACGCGCAAGUCCCGGUAUGCGUACAGAAUUCAGCCGUACUACGAGGUCGCGAGCUUCUUUAUCGGGUUCUUUGUUACCCACCCGUACAUGUACCUGUUCACCAAGGUUGCAUGGCUGCCGACUGCGCAGUCGUUCCACAUCCGUGCGCCCAUGCACGUCUUUUUCCGCAACCUGUGGCUUAUGCAGUGGUCCUGGAUUACACUCGGCGUCAUCUUCCUCUUCUUCAUUGCCCUGUUCACAUAUCUCAAGAUGUCGCAGGUGUGGAAGGUCACCCGGGACACAUUUGCUGCGCCUGAGAAGCUCGACCUGCUCGAUGAUGACACCAUCAGCUCGAUGACCGAAGAGCGCAAGCGCUAUAUUCGCUCGGUCACCCUGCGCGUCACUUUCUACCCGCUCAUCCCUGUCAUCACUCAGACAUGGCUGGUGGCAAACGCCAUGAUGCUGCUACCGCCCUUCUGGCUCUUUGUCAUGUGCUACCUGAUGCCAUCGAUCCAGGGCGUCCUCAACUUUUUGGUGUACAUCAUGAACCCGGCUCUGGAUAUCUACAGGAAGGCGUUCGUUGCCUGGAUUACUGGUCGCCGCGAGAAGCAGGAGAAGGAGUAUGGUCGGCUCAACCGCCACCAGUCGUCAGCCGAGCUCAACGAUGAUGACAACGCAUUCAAGUCAGUGAGGUCAAAGAUGAGCGUCGAGACCACUGUCUAAACAAAAAAAAACACCCCUGAUAUCUGGAAAACUUUUUCGUAG